AUGGGAAGUGAAACCGGCACGGUCAAGGACCCUGUCACCCAGAGUGUCAGGAAUCUUCCAUUGCAGAAAAAGGAAAGACACAUCCGAAGUAUUGUGAAGACUGGGCGACGUGCCAGACAGUCCCUUGAUACCUCACAGGAGGAGACUCGUUUGAGCCACAAAGCACCUUCCAGCAGCACUGGAACAGAGGAGAAAGGUUACCGGAUGUACUUUUCAUUCUUCUACUUUUCUAUGAACCUGGCAGCUUUACUUGCAGGAAUCAUCAUCCCAAUCCUGAGAGAGGAUGUCCAGUGUUUUGAUUCAGACUGCUACCCUCUGGCAUUUGGUGUCCCUGCAAUUACUAUGUUACUGGCUUUAGUGAUUUUUGCACUGGGCACCCCUGAGUACAAGAUUCAUCCACCUACAGGAAACUUAUUCUGCAAAUUAUUAUAUGCCACUGGGAGUGCUAUCGCAAACAAGAUCAAAUGGUACAUGAGUAAGAAGAAGGGUGGAGCGAAGGAGCAUUGGCUAGACUGGGCUGACCAGAAAUAUGAGAAAGAGAUCAUCAAUGAUGUGAAGCGGCUGUACAAUGUGCUGGCGUUAUACCCGUUGUUGCCAAUGUACUGGGCACUCUAUGAGCAGCAGGGCUCACGAUGGACUCUGCAGGCCCAGGAGAUGGAUAGGAACGUGGGAUCUAUCAGACUGAAACCUGACCAGCUACAGAUUCUGAAUGUUUUAUUUGUGCUGUUGUUGUUGCCGCUAUUUGAAGGAUUCAUCUAUCCUCAGCUUGAGAAGAGAAAGCUUCUGAUCCAGUAA